CUCCGGUGGCGGCGGCGGUGAGGUCCCACUUCAACGACUGCCCCGACUCCCACAGCCAGUUCUGCUUCCAUGGCACCUGCAGGUUCCUGGUGCAGGAGGACAAACCUGCCUGCGUGUGCCACUCGGGGUACGUGGGGACGCGGUGCGAGCACGCCGACCUCCUGGCCGUGGUG